GGCAGUCAGGUGAACACUGUCGGCUGAGGAGAUUUUACUCUGAGACCAUUUUUCUUGUUAAAAGUUAAUCUUGAGGAGAACAAAUUUAAAAUCUACUUUUAUGAGAAAUUCCUUCCUUUUCAAAACGAGGUUCCCCCCACUGCUUCUCCACAAUGUUUUCUUUUUGGAAAGUGUUUUGUAGGUAGCGUUCAUUUACAUUCGGCUGUGACGUGGAGAUGGUCACUUUGACUGCCUUGCUGACAGUGUUCAUAUGGAUCCAAACACGGACUUCCUCAGGAGAGCAUUUGUGUCCCUCCGCUCCUCGUAAAGCAGUGGAUUUCAACGUAGAAUAUUCUCUCCCCUACUUCCAAACAGAGAAACCCAUUCAGAAUAUUGCAUUAAACUGGGAAUCCCCACCAACAGAAGUGUAUCUUGGAUACCAAAAUGGUAUAGUGGCAAUUAAUAAUUCCAUGACCAAAACAUGGGAAGUGAAAACCGGACCUGUGGGCAGCCUUGAUUGUCAGACCUGCCAGCUGUGUGACAUAGAAACUGAUCCCGAGGAUCAAUUGGACACAGACAACGAGGUUCUUCUUUUUGAUCCGCUUGGAUUUGUUUUGCCAUACUUGUACUUUUGUGGAAGUUCUCAGAAUGGGAUCUGUUACUUUAUUGACACCAGUUUUCCACAACCCGACCCUAUAUGUUUAUACAAUAAACUCAGAAACUCUCCUGAAAACUGUCCAGACUGUCUGGCCAGCUCUCUUGGCACCAAAGUCACAAUCGCUGAACAGGGAGUGACAUCAUUGUUUUUUGUGGCAGCUUCCGUCAAUGACAAAGUGACACAGAAGUAUCCAAGGAGGUCCAUUUCAGUGCGGAGGCCACUUUCCACUGAGGAUGGCUUUGACGUGAGCAGUGAUCACCUCACAGUGCUGCCCAGUCUACGUAAUUCUUACAACAUAGACUACAUCUACAGUUUUUCCACCAAGGAGUAUGUCUACUUUCUGUCCUUGCAGAGGGAAAAUCCGUUCAGGAGCAACUCACCCUUUCAGACUCAUCUGGGUCGACUGCCAAUUUUGAUUCCAGAAGUGUGGAUGUACAGAGAGGUGGUCUUAGAGUGUCGUUAUGAACCAAAACGCCGGAGGAGACGGAGGGAGGAGUUCAGGGACAUUGUGUACAAUGGGCUGCAGGCUGCCCACUUUGGACAACCAGGGAAGGAUUUGGCCGAGGAGCUGAGGGUCAGCGUGAACGAAGACAUUUUGUAUGGGGUGUUCGCAAAGGUUGACGAGCGAGGGGUGCCUCAGAAAAACUCAGCCCUGUGCGCCUUCUCUUUGACUAAAAUCAACCGUGCAAUUGAGAUGGGCGUGGAAGCGUGCUGUAGUGAUGGUACAGAGCAGCUGUCCAGAGGAAUCUGUCACUUCCAGCCAUGUGAGAACUGCCCACAUGAAGUGAGUAACUUUUUACACCUACAUGUCAAAGCAGUACACAGGCUUGUGUGCAAAAUUCAUGAAAAAAUGCCAAACCGUGACCUGGACAUCAUUCUGGAAGUGCACGAGGGACAAGAGGAGGGCCGCUACUCGAUUGAAGGCACAGCUCAGACAGUUGGCUUCUCUUUUGUGGAACCUAGCAUAACAGACAUCAAGCCUGACUUUGGGCCCAUGUUUGGAGGAACAACAGUCACACUAACAGGACAAUAUCUUAACUCUGGGGUACAAAGAGAUGUCUUUUUUGGAGGCAUAAAGUGCACAGAUCCAAACAUUCUUGAAGAAACAGGAGAUUUGUCUUCAAUCAUCUGUAACAUAGCAGCUGCAGAAAGUGUCGGUGAAGUACCUGUGGAAGUCUUUAUAGACGGCCUGAAAGUUUCUACCAAUAAGAAAUUUUUCUACAAGAAGAAUCCUGUCAUAAACUCUGUUGAUCCUUUCUGUAGCUUCCGAAGAGGCUCCAAGCUAAUGAUAGUGGGUCAGAAUCUUGACUCGUCUUACAGUUCUGUGGUUCAGUACACCCCCAAAAAUGCUCCAACAAAGUAUCAGCUAGUCUGCAAUGGCUCAAGAAAUGCCACGCACAUGGAGUGCUGGGCCCCAGCCAUUCCAGUGGAUGUGCCAGAGGAAGACACUGGAGCGAUUUCUCUUCUGUUAGAUGGAAAAACGUACCUCUUGAAUGAACGUUUUGUCUACCAUCCAGAUGCCAAAAUCAUCCCCUUUGAAAAUGAUGACAACAUUUUACAUCUGAAACCAGAAGAUACUAAGGUUUCACUACAUCAUAACAAACUUCAGUCUGUGAGUGAAUGCAUGAAAAUAACAAUGAGCAUUGGUGGAGAGUUCUGCAACGUUCAGGUUCUGUCAAAUGAACUGACCUGCCAGAUUCCUAAAGGCCUGGUUAUCCCCAGUGAGGGACUACCCGUCAAAGUGACUGUGAAUGGAGAAGAUUAUGAUGUAGGCACAGUCGUCUACAACAAAACCAGCCACUCCACUGUGAUUGCGGGCAUUGUCCUGGGCAUCCUUGCUGCACUGGUAGUAGGUGCUGGCCUUGCAUUAAUUGUGAUGAAACAUUUGAGGGAUAAAAAAAGAACUAACAUAGAGAACCGUUUAUCAGCAACAUUGUCUCGGAGCCACUUGUCCAGCUAUCAGACAGAACUCAGCAGACAAGUACGUUUGUCCAACCAAACAUCAGGCUCAGGAGGAGUUGCCUUCCAAGGUUUAUUAUAUUCUGCCAGCUAUGAUCAACUAGCUGUUCCUUUAAUGCCAGGCGAAAACAUCUCGAUGAUAAGUUUAAGUUCUGACCUGCUGGAAGAGGUUAAAGAUGUUCUGAUUCCUGCUGAGAUGCUCAGAAUCGAGGAGAAGCAGAUCAUUGGCAAAGGUCAUUUUGGCACAGUUUAUCAUGGAUACCUAAUAGAUAGCAAUAAGCAGGAGACUCACUGUGCUGUCAAGUCAUUAAACAGAAUCACCGAUUUAGGUGAAGUGGACCAGUUCCUCAGAGAGGGCAUCAUCAUGAAAGAAUUCCACCACCCCAACAUACUGUCACUGCUUGGCAUUAUGCUACCCAAAGAAGGACUCCCUCUGGUGGUUCUGCCCUACAUGAAGCAUGGAGACGUGCGGCAUUUCAUUCGCUCAGAGCAAAGGAACCCAACAGUGAAGGACCUUAUUGGGUUUGGGCUUCAGGUUGCCGAGGGAAUGGAGUACUUAGCUCAGAAGAAGUUUGUUCACAGAGAUCUGGCUGCACGGAACUGCAUGCUGGAUGAAACCUUCACAGUGAAGGUAGCUGACUUUGGCAUGGCAAGGGACGUCUACGACAAGGAGUACUACAGCAUUCAAAAUCACCAAAGGGUUAAACUACCAGUGAAGUGGAUGGCCAUAGAAAGCCUGCAGACACAGAAGUUCACAACCAAAUCUGACGUUUGGUCAUAUGGUGUAUUGUUGUGGGAGCUGAUGACCAGAGGAGCCAGCCCUUAUCCAAACGUGGACCCCUAUGACAUCACAUAUUAUUUGCUGAAGGGGCGUCGGCUUCCACAGCCACAGUACUGCCCAGACACUCUUUAUUCGAUUAUGUUGGCAUGUUGGAACCCGGAGCCUGAGUUCAGACCCAGCUUCCACAGCCUGGUCACAGAAGUAGACCAUAUCCUGUCCUUUCUGGGAGGAGAGCAUUACAUCAAUCUGAAGGUUACCUACAUCAAUUUGGAUCAGCCGAGCCUGUACCCCUCCCUGACAGGCUCUGCAAAUGAGGCAGAAGCUUCAGACUUGGACUCAGACAGCCAUUCAGCAAGCUGAGGUUGAAACAUUGCAAGAUUCCCUAUUAAGGAUCAGAGAUUUGAGAUUAGAGCCAGAAGAAAAUACCUUUCUAAUUUGAUAAGUUGUGAACAAUGUCUUCAAACUUUAGCACACGGAAUGCUUGACUACUGAAUAAUCAACUCUGCAGACACUGUAAGCUCUGACUGGAGAUAAAAGUGGUACUGAAAAUUUAUUGAU